AUAGUGAAUGCGAGGUCUGGGGAGAGCGGAUAUAGUGAAUGCGGGGUCCGGGGGAGAGCGGAUAUAGUGAAUGCGGGGUCCGGGGAGAGCGGAUAUAGUGAAUGCGGGUCCGGGGAGAGUGGAUAUAGUGAAUGCGGGGUCCGGGGAGACCGGAUAAGGGAAUGCAGGGUCCGGGAACAGCGGAUAUAGUAAAUGGGCUGGGUCCGGGAAGAGCGGGAUAUAGUGAAAUGCGAAUGGUCCGGGAGAGCGGAUAUAGUGAAUGCGGGGUCCGGGGAGAGCGGAUAUAGCGAAUGCGGAGUCCGGGGAGAGCGGAUAUAGUGAAAUGCGGGGUCCGGG